GUCGAACUCUAUUGAAUUGCUAGUUAGAAUUAGUCUUAGCAUCGCUUCAGACCUUUAUCGAUAAGCACAGCUGCAUCUAUGUACGGAUCCGUACGGAUUACUUUUAACGGUUAACCCAUCUUCCACGUGAUAUUCCCGAUUCCCGAUUCCCGUUUCCAUAUCGCCGAUGAUGACAUACAUCUGACUUAUCUAACUUAUCUGGCUUAUCCAAUUGAAUCGAUGGCAUUUUGUACUUGGUCCAAUUGCUACCAGCUACCAAUUCAAUUCAAUUAGCCAUGCAUCACCAGUCAUUAGUUGUAUGGUCGGAGUUAUCGGACUUGACGAUUCUAUGAAAAUUCACUCGAUAUUGUCGUUGUGUUUUGGUCAACCAUGGUUCUUCGAAAGCACGAGCUAGAAGCAAAGCUGAAAGAUGAUAUCGAAUUAGUUCGUAGUGGCGUACUGCGAGAUGAGAAUCCUCUGGACCUUAGCCAGGAGUUUGGCGAGCUCUUAGAAGCAUGUCGAAGAGGUGAUCUGAGGCGAACUCAAGAACUGAUUUCUGCCGGCGUCAAUAUAAACGGUAAAGAUAAGUUCGACUAUACUCCUCUCAUCGUGGCAAGUCUCUGCGGGCAUUAUGAGUUGGUUGAGCUGCUUAUCGAGUCUGGCGCCCUAGCAGAGCGAGACACGUUCCAAGGAGAACGAUGCAUCUAUAAUGCUCUAAAUGACAAGAUCCGGAAUCUGCUGCUGAAAUACGACUACUCGAAGUCUACUGACCCCUUACAGCCAUGGGCCGCCCAUAUCAGCGCACUGCUGACUAGGGAUACGCCGAAGACUUCCGAUAUAACGUUGAUAGCAGCAUCAGAAUCGUUCGAGCUUCAUAAGUUCCUUCUUUCUGCCAGGUCACCAUACUUCCAAAGGAAACUUACGGAGGCGCCCGAGAUAGAGACGUGGAAGCUGCCUCAGUCAAUACCAAUUGAGUCUUUUCAGGUCGUCUUGCGCUAUAUAUACCUCGGUGACAUUCCAAGGGAAUUGGUUGGCACCCGAAGUGGCAGCACUGAUGAGGAGGUCCUAACUGGUAUUGAUAAGAUCAGUAAACAGUUAGAGAUUGAUAAACUUUGGGAAGCUAUCCUCUCGGGCAGUGAUCGGCGAUUAGCGCGACAGAGGCAUCAGGAUGAAGUUAAUCGAGCUCAAGAACAAAUCCAAGGCUUCUUUCAGGAGAAGGUCCUCGGACACAAAAUGGUUGUUGACACCCGGAAGGCUCACGAAGUCAAAUGGCCACACGAUAAUUCUAUAUUUGCGGAUUGUCUCCUGCGAGCUGACGAGGGAGGCGAAGAAGACGAGAAUAUUGAUAAACAAGAAGAAUCGAACGGCAUUCCCAUUGGUCCGGGCGCUGAAUCACGAAAGCAGAAUGGCACUAAGAAAGUUAGGAAAUCCGUUUUAUAUCCUGCGCAUAAGGCCAUGCUCAUUCGUUCGCCAUAUUUCGAGACCAUGUUUUCCAGUCAGUUUCGCGAGGCCCAAGCAUCAGAACACCUACAUAUCAUCAAGAUAGACUGUCAACCCGAGAUCCUCGAACUCAUCCUGACAUUCCUCUAUACCGAGAAAUCUGAAUGUCCUCUUGAGCUCGGCCUCGAUUUACUUUAUGCAUCCGAUAUGUUGUUCCUGGACAAGUUGAAAAACAAGGCUGCGGUCGCCAUUAGCACAUUAGGGAGCGGCAAUAAUAACGUCCUAGUCGAUCGGACGCAUACUCACGAAGGCGACGAAAUUGGCGAAAUAGAGGUCGAGCCUAUUAACGUAUACGAUGUUAUACAUGCCGCCUGGGAUUUGAGGGUUCAGCGAUUAGAAGAGUUCGCUGCUCGGUAUCUCGCGUAUCGGCUAGAAGACUACAUCGACGAGGAAGAGUUUACCGAGCUGAUUCAGGAAAGCGCUUCGAGGCUCAAGACCCGAGAAGAGACGGAUACGAUCGAGUUGCUGGAUGAUAUUCGGUAUUACUUAUCUGAGCGUUUUAGGUUGCGGUUUGAGGACGCCGGGCUAGACGAGAUGAUGGAUGAGAACGGUGAGAUCAGCACAGAGGCGGCGGAAGUGCUAGCCGCGCAAGCAAACGACGUUGCUGCGGAAGACAAGGACGCGAAAGGCAUCGUUGAAGUAGAAAAUCCCGAUUCCAUUUCCGCAAAGGCUGUUAUAGCAGAGGCCUUGACAAGCCCAGAUGGUGUGUUUAGAACCCUUGAUGGAGAGCUCGUCGAAGAUGAGUUUGCGUCCGAUGCUGUCAACUACCAGCUUCUACUACAGAAGAUCGAUAGAAUGCUAGAGAAACUAAAGCUAGACGCGUAGAAACGGGGUUGUAUUAGAUGAAUAGGUAGAGUUUGGACACAUAAUAAUCGAAUCCUGUUGUUUUAGAAAA